GGUCGUGUCGCGUCUUCUUCCUUAGUCCUUACAUAUCUACGAUUGCGGUAUUUGUUUGGAAGAUAAAUUCGAUAACCUACAAUGUCUGGAAGAGGCAAAACCGGAGCAAAGGCCCGCGCCAAGGCCAAGACUCGUAGCUCCCGCGCCGGGCUGCAGUUCCCCGUCGGCCGUGUCCACCGUCUCCUCCGUAAGGGUAACUACGCUGAGAGGGUUGGCGCCGGAGCUCCAGUGUACCUGGCCGCUGUCCUGGAGUACCUCACCGCUGAGAUCCUGGAGUUGGCCGGCAACGCCGCCAGGGACAACAAGAAGACCCGUAUCAUCCCUCGCCAUCUUCAGCUGGCUGUACGCAACGACGAGGAGUUGAACAAACUACUCGGCGGAGUGACCAUCGCCCAGGGCGGCGUCCUGCCCAACAUCCAGGCCGUCCUGCUGCCCAAGAAGACCGGACAGUCUGCACCCAGCUCCGGCAAGGCGGGAAAGAAGGCCUCCUCUCAGUCUCAAGAGUAUUAGCCUGCUGGCUAAUAACAUAACCCCAAAGGCCCUUUUAAGGGCCACCCACUCUUCAAUGAAAGAGCAACAUUACCUAUCUAUUGCUGUCCUGUUUCAGUUUUCGCAUUUUUAUUUAAUAAACGCUUUUUUAAAAAAAUAAAAUAAAAUAAGUAGUCCUCGCCGUUUGUCCAGUUGUUAGGCGAACUGAAGCUAACGUUACUAGCUAAACAUGUGAAGAAAGUUGGCUAACGCUGGCGAGUUAGAUGUGGUUAACAGCUGUAUUUAACCUUUUCAGUGUUUACUAACACUUAAGACUAUGAAUUGACGUUAGCGUCCUGGUUCUAUGUGAGUUAAGGCUUAUAUAAAAGCUAGGUUUGCUGUGAAUGAUAUGCUAGUGUUACUCAUUCAGCAGGCCAUUGCAGGUAAAGGAAUGUAUCAUGGCUGACCACCAUGCCUGGACCACAUCUGCAGGGUCCUGUUAAUCUGGCUCUUUCUAGCAUGACUGUGCAGCUUGUGUGCAACAUGGUGCUUGAGUAUUUCCCAUUCAUUGAAAUAAACGUGAAAAGGUUGUUGAAUGCA